CCCACACCGGCCUUUUCUGGAUAAGAUUACCCAUCCCUGGACUAAACACACAAACGGAGCUAUUUAAAACCUCCCACAAAUACCACCAACUAGGAUAAAACAUCCGGGAUGCCCGGGUCGGUGUCGGCAAUGGCGGCAAAUUGGCCGAAGGAUGUUGGCAUCCUGGCCAUGGAGCUCUACUUCCCGUCGCAGUACAUUGAGCAGGCGGAGCUGGAGCACUUCGACGGCGUGCCGGCGGGCAAGUAUACCAUCGGCCUCGGCCAGGUGCGCAUGGGCUUCUGCACUGACCGCGAGGACAUCAACUCUCUGUGCCUGACGGUUGUGCAGCGGCUGAUGGAGCGCAGCGGCGUGGCGUAUGCCAGCGUAGGCCGCCUUGAAGUUGGUACAGAGACAAUCAUUGACAAGUCCAAGUCCGUGAAGACAGUCAUCAUGCAGCUGUUUGAGGAGUCUGGCAACGGCGACGUGGAGGGCGUGGACACCACCAAUGCCUGCUACGGUGGCACAGCCGCACUCUUCAACGCUGUCAACUGGGUGGAGUCCAGCUCCUGGGACGGUCGCUAUGCCCUGGUGGUGGCGGCGGAUAUUGCUGUGUAUGCUGCGGGGAACGCCCGGCCCACCGGUGGUGCCGGUGCCGUCGCCAUGCUGGUUGGCCCCGAUGCCCCGCUGAUCUUUGAACGAGGGCUGCGGGCGACGCACAUGCAGCAUGCCUAUGACUUCUACAAGCCGGACAUGGCGUCCGAAUACCCGGUGGUGGACGGCAAACUGUCCAUCAAGUGCUACUUGAGCGCCUUGGACCGCUGCUACGCAUUGUACCGUGACAAGAUCCAUGCACAAUGGCAGCGAGAUGGUGUGGACAAGCGCUUCAGCUUGGACGACUUCGGCUACGUGGUCUUCCACUCACCCUACUGCAAGCUGGUGCAGAAGUCACUUGCGCGGCUGCUGCUCAACGACUUCCUCACAAACCCGGACGCCUGCGGUGGAGACGGCGGCAACACAGAGCUUUUCGCCGGCCUGGGGGCGUUCAGAGACGUGCGGCCCGAGGACACCUACUUCGACCGUGAUGUGGAGAAGGCGUUCAUGGCAGCUAGCAUCCAGCUGUUUGAGCAAAAGACCAAGCCAUCCCUGUUGGUAUCCAGCCAGAACGGCAACAUGUACACGCCAUCUGUGUACGGCUGCCUCGCCUCGGUCCUUGCACAACACAUGCCACAAGAACUGGCGGGCCAGAGGAUAGGGAUCUUCUCCUAUGGCUCUGGGUUCGCCGCCACGCUCUACUCUGUCAGGGUGACGCAGGACAGCACACCCGGCUCCAGACUGGACAAGAUGGUUUCCAGCUUGUACAACCUGCGUGCCAGACUGGACUCCAGGCGGAAGGUGUCACCCGCCAUCUUCACCGAGAACUUGAAGUUGCGGGAGGAGCGGCACCAUGAAGCCAGUUACACCCCCCGGGGGUCGGUGGAGGACCUGUUCCCGGGAACGUGGUACCUGACGCGAGUGGAUGACAAGCACCGCAGGGAGUAUGCCCGGCGCGCUGUCAACGACAACCUGUCCCCGGAGGCGGCACCUGGCAACGCCAACCUGGCUACUGAGAGCCUCCCCAGCCCGGUGAAAAAGAUCCCCCGCAUCCCGGCGACCGCCAACAAGCCUGAUAACGGCGUCAGUGACCACUGAGAGCUUCCGUGUCCCCCAAACACUUGGAGAACGUCUGGAUUUAGUGGGGGGGGGGGCAGGCUAGCUGAGCCGCGGUACGGUCGCACUAAGUGCGUCCAUCACCAUUGCACGCGGGGAAGGUUUUAAAGGAAGCACUGGAAGGUUUCCGCGACCAGUUGUAAUUCUGACGUGUUGUAAGUUUUUUGGUUUAUUCUUAGUUAUCUUGAUGUUUGUUCUUAAUAUGUAAAAGUCAAUGCGAGGCUUUUUUCUUUUGGGGACACUGCAAUAGUCGUACGUAGUCACUGAUAAUGACCUUUGUUUGUUUGUUUCUUAGCUGUGACGAAGGGGUGGGUGGUGGGUAGGGCUGUCAAACUUGGCCAAAAAUGACGUUCUAUUAUUCCUUCUAAAAAAACACAGGUUUGAAACCAUUCGAAUAUAUUUUUACGCAUUAUGUCCACAAGAAGGCAAACCAGUACAACGAGAGACAUAACUACUUGUAUAAGUAUAUUUAUUUCAGUGACAUGGCUUUUAAAAGCUCGACAUACCUACACAUUACAAAAUAAGAAAAUGUCCUACUGUAAAACUUAAUUGAAAGACCAUAGCCCUCUGUCUCUAUGUCUCUGUCUCUGUCUCUCUCUCUCUCUCUCUCUCUGCUCCGUGGUUGGUGCUGGAGUGAGAAAUGAAAACGUGCCGUCUCUCCGAGCGAGAUGUAUGAUUCGUAAUUCAAUCAAUCAAUCAAGUUGCAUUUUUUGUAGCACUUUUCUUGCUGUAACUGAUGUGUUAUUUUCGAGAUGUGCCCUCAGGUUACUAGUGGUGGAAUGGUAAGAUAACUGUAAGGCUUACAGUUAGCUACAGUAAGCUACAGUAGCUAACUGUAAGCUACAGUUUGCAGUAGCUCACAGUGUAAGCUAACUAAUCUAACUGUAAGCUACAGUUUGCAGUUCUGUAACCCAAUUGUAAGCUACAGUUU